AUGCCCUGGCCGAUAUCAACACCCAGCCCGCCCCUGAUUCUAACACUUGAAAUUCACAAAAUUCAGUCACUUGGUGUUUGCCUGCUUCCUAAGCUAAUGGGUUUACUAUGUUUCACUGAACAGCCCACCGAUCACUAUUACCGUUACUUCACUCUGGCCAUAGAGCAGUACUACUACAACCUGACUUCCUUCUGUUUGGGUUCGAAACCUCGCCACACAAUCUUUCUGGAGUACAUGAAGGAGCUGUUCUACAUUUACCCCAAGAAGAGGAAGUGGUUCUUUCUGUUUCACUCGGAGAUGUCACACAGAGACAACAACUUCCUCUCACAGAUGGACGAGGACCUCUAUGAACAUUUAAAGGGACUGCACUCAGAGAAACAACUGGACCAAGCCAUACUUAUCUUUCUUGCUGACCACGGGGCACGCUUCAGUACAGUGAGGGCCACUGCUCAGGGCAAACAAGAAGAACGACUGCCAUAUUUCGGUAUCAGGUUUGUGUCACAUUUCAUGGCGGCUCCUGGAAGGUCCCAUACAUUUGCUAUUAUACUAGAGUUGUGUUUCGUAUUUCACAUCUUUUUCAAUGCAGUUUUUGUUUUUAGAUUUCCAGAAUGGUUUCACCAAAAGUAUCCCAAUAUCGUCGAAAACGUGAAAACUAACAGCCAGAGACUGGUCACCCCUUUCGAUGUACAUGAGACACUCCAUGAAAUUUUACAUUUUACAGGAACAGAGAAAGCCAAUAUUAGCAAGAGGGGUGUCAGCCUGUUUAAACUUAUACCAGACGAAAGAAACUGUGAUUGGGCUCAUAUAGAUCCUCACUGGUGUGCUUGCAUGGAGUGGACCAAGAUAGGUCUAGAUGACCCUAUUCUGAAAAGAGUCACCAAAAAAAUCAUCUCCACUUUCAACAAUUUUACCAAGCCUUUCAGAAAAGAAUGCGCCAUUCUGGAAAUCAUUAACGUCACGUCGGCUGUGAUGCUGAAGGUCAAGGACGCUGUGCUGAGAUUUCGAGACACAAGUGACGGCGGAAGAGGGCGCUUUGGUAAAAUGGAUGACAAGACGGAACAUUCGAAAAUACUUUAUCAGGUUGUUCUAACAACCAAACCUGGUGAUGGAGUGUUUGAAGUGACAGUAACACAUCAGUUGAAAGAGAACAAACUGGAGGUGAACAAGAAAGACAUCAGUAGAACCAACAAAUACGGGAAUGCCAGUCACUGUGUGGUCAACAAGGAACCUUUUCUUAGACCUUAUUGCUAUUGUAAAGAUGUCAUGAAAACAUAAGAACAUUUUUACAAAUCAAAUAAUUUUUUUUUUACUAAUUAAAGAACAUUGAAAGGUUUUUGGAAAAUGCUAAAUUUAUACAGACGGACAAUUAUUACAUUUGUUUGGAACGAAAAGAUUGACAAUUUCUAGAAAUAACCUAUUAAAAAAAAGUUUUUUUUUGUUUAACAUUACAAGUUUAACAUUAAAUCUAUAUUCCUUUACUAGUCUUAAAAGCAAACCAGAAUUGAAAUCCUUUGAUAAAUUUAGUGUUCUAUUCACGCUGCGCAAAAAUGAAUGUGUAAUUGAUUGGGCUUUUGUUGUU